AUGCAAACAAACAGCAACAAACCUAAUGUCAAGCGUCGUAAGCCAUACAAACAGCGCCGGUUUUGGAUAAGACCAGGAAGAACCAGCGCGUGGUGGGACAAGUUUGUGAAUGAAGUUGUUGCUCCUGAAGAAUGGCGACAGAACUUCAGGAUGUCCAGAUCGUCCCUCAUCCAGCUCAGCGAAAUACUACGUCCGCACGUGGAAGGUAUGACGACAACAAUGAGGGCGCCCGUGAAUGUCCUCACAAAGAUAGCGUGUACAUUAUACUACCUGCGUGACGAGGGAAGGCUCCGGGAAACGGCUAAUGCGUUUGGAUUAUCCAGACAAACGGUUUCGGUCAUGAUACGAAAAGUGUGUAAAGCCAUCACCGUCGUUCUGGGACCAGACUACGUCAGGACCCCAAAAACGGAGUCUGAAGUUAAAAAACUUGUCGCGAACUUCUACAAGACGCACGGCAUGCCGCAGUGCUUGGGUGCAAUCGACUGCACGCACAUCGAGGUCAAAACCCCUGUUUGUAAUUCAGCAGAGUUUAUUAACACAAACAGAACGUGCUCUUUAAAUGUGCAAGCAUUGUGUGACCACAAGUACCGUUUCAUGGACGUUGUUGUUAAAUGGCCGGGCAGUGUACCUAACGCGCGCAUAUUUGCGAAUUCACAACUGAGUUGCGACCUAAAAGAUGGGACGAUUCCCUCCUGCCCCAAACAACUGUUGGAGGAUGAGGAGCCUAUUCCCGUGUUUCUUCUGGGAGAUCCAGCGUAUCCCCUAAUGCCAUAUCUCAUGAAAGAAUACCCCAAUGGCGGAGAUGCCCCACAGGAGCAGCACUACGGAGUAUCGCUUAGCAAGGCGCGCACGGUGAUCGAAUGCGCAUUUGGACGCUUAAAGACACGGUUUGCGGCUCUGAUGGGAGCCAUGGACAUAAACUUAAGGGAUCUCCCUUUUGUUAUUUAUGCUUGCUUUGUAUUGCAUAACUAUAGGGCUUGGGCGUCGUGA